AGCGCUAACGAGUUUUCACGCAGGGAGGGGCUACGGGCUUGAACAUUCUGAAAUCGUGGUGAAGGAGGGUGAUCUCGGUCUGCGCGUGCGUCUCCUCCUUCUGCUGCAGAUGGAGUGGUGGGAUAAGCUCGUUUACCCGAUGCGUAGUGUUUGGAUCAAAGUCGCCACUCGCCUCGGCAUUCGGAAAACCGGAUUACUGAAGAUACGAAAUGAAGUGGAGGCUUCUGAAUAUCAUGAUAUACAUGUUAUGUGGGAAAUGCUGAAAAGAAACGAGUCAGAGUUAGCUGGAUCUCCUGAAAAAAGCAAGAAGAGGCACUAUAUGAAGCUGUUCAGGUGGGCUAGGUGCGCGCCAUGUUUUUACCGCUCCUAAUGUUAAUGCCACAAGUCUUUCUCUUCCCAGAGUUCACCAUCGACAGUGCUGAAAAGAACCAUUGGUGUGGAUUUUGUUUUAAAUAAAGAGUACAGAGGAUUUCUAUGUAUAGUAGAACACUACCUCCUCUGAAUCAAGUAAACUAUCUGUGAAUAUCAACCGCACCUGCCAGUUCGUUUCCUUCGUCUUCCAUUGUGGUUUAUGCCAUAGGAAUGUGGCCCGUCCCCUGCUGUCGUGAUUUUGUUGUAUGAAAUUCUAUGGUAUCUUCUCUAUUCUGUGCUGUGCUCCUUCAUCUUGGAAUGCACGGCCAGACUUUUUAUGUAGUACUUUUACAGACUAUUAUAUAGCAUUAGCUUUAUCUUGUGCCUUGGCACGGAUAUUAC